ACUCUCUCUCCCCACCCCCCUCCCCUCCUCUGCUCAGCUACCCCUCUGUUUCUUCCUCAAGUCCAUAGUUUGCUCUGAAGAGGAAAGCCCAUUGCUCCGCAAAACAAUGGAUCCCUGCCCAUUUGUUCGUUUGAUCGUAGAAUCCCUGUCCCUUAAGCUCCCGCCGGCCGCCAAGCCCGUCGCCACCGCAGGCAUCCACCCAGCGACCACCCCCUGCUUCUGCAAGAUCACCCUCAACCAUUUCCCCUCCCAGACAGCCCUCCUCCCACUUGCCGACACGGCCCCGGCCCCCUCCUCCGCCUCCACUCCGGCCGCCGUCUUCCACCUCGACCCUGCUGCCCUUCGCCGCCUCUCCGGCAGGCCUGCCACCCUCCGCGUCUCCAUCUACGCCGGCCGCUCGGGCCACACGUGCGGUGUCAGGAGCGGCAAGUUGCUGGGCAGGGUUAAGCUCGGGAUCAGCCUCAAAGGGGCCGGUUCGGCCCGGCCCGGGGUGCUCCAUUGCGGGUGGACGAAACUCGGGAAGCACCGGGAGGCGGAUGACGCAGCAGCCUGUGCCAAGCUCCACCUGGUGGUUCGAUCCGAGCCAGAGCCGCGGUUCGUGUUCCAGUUCGGGGGAGAACCAGAGUGCAGCCCGGUGGUUUUCCAGAUUCAGGGGAAUAUACGACAGCCGGUUUUCAGCUGCAAGUUCAAUGCCGACCGGAACUCAAGGUCCAGGACACUCUCCUCAGAUUUUACCAGCCACAGGCCGUGGUCAAUGGGAAGCUUUCUCGGCGAUCGGGAAAGGCAGUGGAGAGAAAGGAAAGGGUGGAUGAUCAUGAUUUACGACCUCUCCGGGUCCCUUGUCGCGGCUGCCUCGAUCAUCACUCCCUUUGUACCGUCCCCGGGCUCUGAUCGAGUCUCUAGAUCAAACCCCGGAGCCUGGCUCAUACUUCGGGCCCAUGGGCACUCCCUUAGUAGUUGGAAGCCAUGGGGCCGCCUCGAGGCCUGGCGUGAGAGGGGGCUCGUCGAUGGGUUGGGGUACAAGUUUGAGCUCGUGACCGAGAAUGGCCCGGCCUGCGGGAUCCCCAUCUCCGAGGGCACAAUGAACAUGAAGAAAGGCGGCAAUUUCUGCAUCGACAGCAGCCACCGGGCCAUGAUGAGAGACAACCCUGGGAUCUGUCCAUGGCCUCCCAUAAGGGGCUUCGUGAUGAGCUCGAGUGUGGAAGGUGGAGGCAAAGCGAGCAAGCCUGUGGUCCAGGUAGGAGCCCAGCACGUGAAGUGUAUGUCUGAUGUAGCCCUGUUCAUCGCGCUCUCAGCCGCGAUCGACCUCAGCAUGGAUGCUUGCCAGCUCUUCUCACGGAAAUUAAGGAAGGAGCUGUGCCAUGAGGAGCAAGCCGAUCACAUAUGGUGAGAAGUGAAAAGCCUUUCAAAGCAACUCUCUGCCCCCCUUUGCCUCCCCUGAUCCAUCCUUGUACCUAUCUGAAUGCCAACGUUUCUGGUUUUCAAUAUUCUGAAGUCAAUUGAUCCUUCUUUUUCAAUCUUAUCGGUCCGGUGACACUAAACUACUGAAUGUCGUCGUUUCUGGUC